AAAACGAAAACGAAAACGAAAGUAGCGAUAACAACGAAUCUGACUUCGACAUUGAAGAAAUUGAAUAUGGAUUUGACACGGAUACGCUAUUAAUCAUGCCGGCCAUGCUGCGAGAUUACAGUCACCAUGCUACCAACUAUCAUCCUGAGCUGUGGAGGCCGCCCAUUCCAGGAAGAUACUCACCACAAUCCUCAGCAGCGAGAUCGUGCAUUGGAUCGUCAGGAACUACUCAAAACCAGCAUAUCACCCACGACUUGUGGUAUCUGUUUUGACUCAUUUACUAGCAUUGAGCUCGAUUCUCUACAACAGAACGGCACAAAAAAGAUAGAUGAGAUUUCCAAGAAAGCUCAUUUUACAUUAUCAUUUACUACUCAGUCAACACGUUCACUUGUACCUAAUACUAAACCAUUCGCACCUUCUAGAAGAGAGGCUUCAGAGCCAUCUUCCUCUUCUUCGUCAUCCCCAUCCCCAUCAUUAUCUCCUUCAACAGACAACCCGAAGCAACAAAUGUCAACAGUAGUAAGAUCGCCCACGAUCACUCCAUCGAUAUCGUCCAAGGACAUUGGAAUCGUGAUGCCAUGUGAUCAUGGGCUUUGUCUCACUUGUCUACAAUCGUUCUUGACUAACGCAACCCAAAGUUCUCAGGCACGAUUCCCAACAGUAUGUCCACAGCCUCACUGUAGGACUCCAAUUCCUACAGAGUCUGCGGAAUUAGUUUUGGAUCCAGAGACAUUGGAGAUUUGGUAUCGAAAACUAGCAGAGGUUCAUGUAGCCAAUAAGGUCUGCUGUCCUAAACCAGACUGUCAAUCCAUCAUUGAUUUAGAUGAUCGUGAUGGCACAGUAGUGACUUGUCCUGAAUGCCAUAGUUCGUUUUGUGCAUCGUGUGCUGUUCCGUUCCAUCGAGGACAAACCUGUGAACAAUAUCGAGCGCAGGCACAUGGUAAUGAAACAGAAGAAGAUCGAGCAAUGCAUCAGCUGGUGCAGGAUCGACACUGGCGACACUGUCCAUCCUGUCGGUUUGUGAUUGAAAAACAACAAGGCUGUAAUCAUAUGGUCUGCCACUGUGGACAAAGCUUUUGUUAUGCAUGUGGACAUCCUUGGAACGAACUUGAGGCGAGAUGCUCACAGGACUGUGAGAGUUAUGGCGUUCAUGAGGAUAUAGGCGUGGAAUGUACUAUCAUGUAAUGAAACUAUAUAUGUAAUAUUUUCUGGAAUUGAGACAUUAGAUCACAUGCUUAUUAUGCUUCGCUCAUUGUUGAGUGUAAUGAAAGUAUAGCCCGUUCCAUUUGGUCGCGAUCCCUUAUAUUUUUUGAAUACUCUUAAAUGUAUUGGCAGCCAAUUGACUCGCUUGUUUGCAAGUGGU